UUCUGAUUCAAAGUCUUGUUCUUUUCAAAACCCCACUUCCCAUUUCCCCUAAUUUCCCUCAAAAACCCUAGCCGGAGCCACCCACCAGCGCCCAUGGAAGAAGACGGCAUAGACAUGGUUCUUGGCAGAGCCACAGAGCUCCGGUUGAAGAUCAGCAACUGCAUUCACAAGGCUACAACCAUCGCCUCUCUCCUGCAAGACCCAUCUGCCGGAGGGGGAAAUGAGGCUGCCAAUGACGGUGGUUCCACCUCCGAAUGUCCUGCCGCCGUCACGGAGGACGACGAAGAAGUGGAACGGCUUUUGAAUAUCUGCGAUGCCCUUGAAUCCUUGGAGACCCAACUCUCUUCUUUGCAGGUAUUGCAACAACAACAACGAUACGAACGGGAAGCUGCUCUGAGUGAGAUCGAACACAGCCGCACGAUGCUACUCGACAAGCUCAAGAACUACAAAGGUGAGCAUUUGGAGGUGAUAAACGAAGCUUCGGCCUUUGCUGGCGAGGCAGUAGAGCACAACCAUGAUCUCAUGCUUCCUCCAUAUCCAACCCGUCCGCCCUACGCUCUUCACCUAAACAAUGGCCAAUUACCACCAUCCUUGUCCGCUCGCAAAUCUGCCCGCAAUGGGGUAACCUUGAACUACACGACGAACGAUGCUAAAAGGGAGUCAAGCGAGUCGUUGACUACCAGCAAACAAGCGAGCACGAGAAGCUCGACGAACGGAUUAGGUUCACUCAUAGCUGCUGCAGCCAAGGCAGUGUUUACCAUUGUUGGUGUUGUGUCAAUAUUGAGCAUGUCUGGCUUUGGACAACGAAUCGCAGCGAAGAGAGUUAGUCGUUCGAAGAUCUCCAAUGGGUUUGUUGAACAGCCAUCGACCAAAGAAGAGAGACCGAUAAUUCGAUGCCCGCCUGGGAAAAUUCUCACGGUGGAAGACGGGGAGGCGCGGUGCGUGGUGAAAGAGAGAGUCGAAGUUCCAUUUUCCUCCGCCGUGGCCAAACCAGAUGUGAACUAUGGAUGUGGUCCCCCUGUUUUGUUCCAUGUCCUGUUCUUGCCUUGUGGAUUAUCUCUGUAUUUUACCCAAAGAAGCAAAAAGCAGGCUGCCAUGGCUUUUCAUUACAAUGAAGAGAUAGGAUCCUCCAAUAUGAGUUCCCCAAGCAAAAACAACAUAAUCAUGGGCACUUUCGGAGAAUCCAAGGUUUUCACUGAACACCAAGAAGCUCUUGUGCUCAAGUCAUGGAGUGUCAUGAAAAAGAAUGCUCCUGAAUUGGCCCUCAAAUUCUUCCUCAAGAUAUUUGAAAUCGCUCCGUCCGCUCAAAAGAUAUUUCCUUUUUUGAGAGACGCUAAAGUCCCCCUCGAGCAAAACCCUAAGCUGAAACCUCAUGCUUUGAGUGUCUUUACUUUGACUUGUGAGUCAGCGGUUCAGCUUCGGAAAGGUGGCAUAGCAGCGGCUAGAGAAACCACUAUCAAGAGGCUCGGUGCCAGUCACUUCAAAUAUGGUGUCGUCGACGAACAUUUCGAUGUGACAAGAUUUGCACUUUUGGAGACAAUAAAGGAAGGAAUUCCAGAGAUGUGGAGUGCGGAGAUGAGAGGGGCAUGGGCUGACGCUUAUGAUCAGUUGGUGGCCGCCAUUAAAGCUGAGAUGAAGCCUUCUUCCACCUCUUAAUAUAUAUAUAUAUAUAUAUAUAUAUUUCUUUUUUUAAAUUCUGUGUGACAAGGACGUUUUUUAUGCUUAAUUUUCAGAGUGGUUGAAUAAAUGUAUGGCUUUUUCAUCAAGAAAA